AUGGAGAGAUCCACUGCUCCCGAAGCUGAUUUUUCCGACUUCUCCCCCGUUAUCCCGAUCAAUGUCACCUUUCCGUACGAUGUGUUGGGCUUCGUCCCCGACGGAACGAACCACACCGAGCAAAAUCCAUCCAAAGGACCGGCGGGGUUGGUUAUAGCCGUUUCCAUUACGGCUCUCUACUCUGUGAUCUGCGUGGUGGGACUGCUUGGGAACAUCCUGGUGAUGUAUGGAGUGGUCAGAUAUACCAAGAUGAAUACUGCCACAAACAUCUACAUUUUUAACCUAGCCCUAGCUGAUGCACUGGCAACCAGCACGCUUCCCUUCCAGAGUGCUAAAUACCUGAUGAACACCUGGCCUUUCGGUGAACUCCUGUGCAAGCUUGUCAUAGCCAUCGACUACUACAACAUGUUCACUAGCAUCUUCACCUUGACAAUGAUGAGCGUUGAUCGGUACAUCGCUGUGUGCCACCCAGUGAGAGCGCUGGAGUUUCGGACGCCAGUCAAGGCGAAGAUCAUCAAUGUGUGCAUAUGGAUUCUCUCUUCAGCUAUUGGAGUUCCAAUAAUGAUCAUGGCAGUCACCAAGGUGACUGAUCAGGGAAAAACAGUCUGCACACUGAAGUUUCCCGAUCCUGACUGGUACUGGGACACAGUGACUAAAAUCUGUGUCUUCAUCUUUGCAUUCGUGGUGCCAGUCCUUGUCAUUACAAUCUGCUAUGGGCUGAUGAUCCUUCGCCUCCGGAGCGUCCGUCUUCUCUCUGGCUCUAAGGAGAAGGACAGAAACAUGCGGCGCAUAACUCGCAUGGUACUUGUUGUGGUCGCAGCCUUCAUCAUUUGCUGGACACCAAUUCACAUCUUCAUUAUUAUCAAAACCUUGGUGGAGAUCAACCAGAAGAAUCCCUUUGUUAUUGCCAGCUGGCAUUUGUGCAUUGCCCUUGGCUACACCAACAGCAGUCUAAACCCAGUCCUGUAUGCCUUCCUCGAUGAGAACUUCAAGAGGUGCUUCAGAGAAUUCUGCCUGCCAUUCCGUACAAGGGUGGACCAGAACAGCCUGUCAAGAGCAAGGAACGCCACCAGGGAACCAGUUUCAGUCUGUGCUCCAUCGGAGGCCGAAAAGAAGCCGGUAUGA